AAGGGGGAGUCGGCAAAGUUUGGGGCGGGCGCGUGUUGUCCGGGGAGAGCCUGGAGCGGGGGGAACGAGGCGUCUCUGCGGGGGCGCAGAUGGCGACCCAGGUGGAGGCUCUCCUGCCCGCGAACCCUCUGCUGCCCUCCGAGGAGCACGGGCUCGUUAUCAAGAAGCCUCAGGAGAAAGGCGAACACCUCAUGCACCAAGGAGAGAAGGCCAACGCCGACGAGGGCAAGGGGGGCGGCCCCGACAGCUGCAGCAAGGAAAGCGGCGGCAACGUGGGGGAGCAUCUGCGCCGGAACGGGGCCCUCCUCAAGCCCCCCAGCAUCAAGCAGCAGAAGGAGGACAGUAACAACCAGGAGAAAGAGAACCUGCUGCACCAGAGGAGCGGCGGCAUCGAAUCGAACCGGCUGCUCGGCGAGGCCAGCAGCAGCAGUAGCGGCGGCGAGGAGGGCGGCGAGCAGGGAGGAGUUGGGCGCAAGGAAUUCAUCGAGGCCCCCCCGCCCAAGGUGAACCCUUGGACUAAGAACGCGCCGGUGGCUCUGGUCACCCUCAACGGACAGUCCCCGCCAGAGCAUUCAACUCCAGCCAAGGUGGUGAAAGCAGCGAAUCCAAGGCAGCGGAAAGGAAGCAAGGUUGGUGACUUUGGAGAUGCCACAAAUUGGCCAACGCCAGGAGAAAUAGCUCACAAGAGUGUACAGCAGCUGCCACACAAGCCCCAUUCUCUCCGGAAGCUUCCUAUUAAGAAAAACAUGAAAGAGCAGGAGAAAGGGGAAGGAAGCGAUGGGAAAGAGAACAUGAAAACGCGGUCGGACGAAUCAGGGGAAGAGAAGAACGGAGAUGAUGACAACCAGAAAUCAGCUCAGAAGAAGAAGGGUGAGAAGAGAGGCAGCAGACAUAAAUGGGUCCCUCUGCAAAUAGAUGUGAAGUCUGAGGUGCCAAGGGACAAAACAGCUUCUCGUAACAACAGACAGAAUGAGCAGCACCGGCACCCUUCCAACAAUCGGAGUGAAUCCAAAGGUUGGCAUCUAGAUAAUAAGCAUGAACGGAGCUGGCCUGACCAUGAUGAAACUUCUAGUGUCAAGAGUGAAGGGGCGGCUGUGCGUGGUGCCUUCAGGGGCAGAGGCCGUGGUCGUGGACGAGGGAGAGGGAGAGGAAGAGGAGGUACUCGAUCUCACUUUGAUUAUCAUUACGGUUAUCGGAAGUUUGAUGGCUCUGACGGCUCACGCGCUCAGAAGUACACCAGUAAUAUCACCUACUACUUCGACAACAUCAGCAGCACUGAGCUCUACAGUGUUGACCAAGAGUUGCUCAAGGAUUAUAUCAAACGGCAGAUAGAGUACUACUUCAGUGUUGACAACUUGGAAAGAGACUUUUUCCUGAGGCGGAAGAUGGACACAGAAGGCUUUCUUCCCAUCACUCUCAUUGCUAGUUUCCAUCGGGUGCAGGCCCUGACAACAGAUGUUGGCCUUAUUAUUAAGGCACUAAAAGACAGUAAAGUGGUAGAGAUUGUGGACCAGAAGAUCAGGAGAAAGGAAGAACCAGAGAAAUGGCCUUUACCUGGCCCUCCCAUGACAGAUUAUGCACAAACUGACUUUUCGCAGCUAAUCAACUGCCCAGAAUUUGUGCCCAGGCAAAGCUUCCAAAAGGAGACAGAAUCUGCUCCUGGCUCUCCCCGCUCUGCCAGUCCUGUGCCAAUCAAGACUGAAGAAGUUAGCAAUCUGAAGACAAUGCCCAAAGGCCUUUCGGCCAGCCUGCCAGACUUGGACUCUGAAGCGUGGAUUGAAGUGAAGAAGAGGCCCAGGCCUUCUCCAGUCAGACCUAAGAAACCAGAAGAGUCCAAAACACCGCUGAAGCAGAAGGAUCAGGAUGAACCUGAGGAGCUAGACUUCCUGUUUGAUGAAGAGAUGGAACAGAUGGAUGGACGUAAAAACACCUUCACUGAUUGGUCAGAUGAGGAUUCGGACUAUGAGAUCGAUGACAGGGAUGUGAAUAAGAUUUUGAUUGUAACACAGACACCCCCUUAUCUGCGCCGGCACCCAGGGGGGGACAGAACAGGCAAUCACACAUCCCGGGCAAAGAUGAGCUCAGAAUUGGCCAAAGUGAUCAAUGACGGACUGUAUUAUUAUGAGCAGGAUCUGUGGACAGAGCAAUUUGAGCCAGAGUACUCUCAGAUAAAGCAAGAAGUAGAGAACUUCAAGAAGGUGAAUAUGAUCAGCCGAGAGCAAUUUGACACGCUGACACCUGAGCCUCCCGUUGAUCCAAAUCAGGAAGUCCCUCCUGGGCCACCCAGGUUCCAGCAAGUUCCAACAGAUGCUCUGGCCAAUAAGCUCUUCGGUGUGCCAGAGCCUUCAACCAUUGCCCGAUCUUUGCCAACAACUGUGCCAGAAUCUCCAAACUACCGCAAUGCCAGGACCCCCCGAACCCCUCGUACACCUCAGCUGAAAGACCCAACGCAGACGCCCCGGUUUUACCCAGUGGUAAAGGAAGGCAGGUUGAUAGAUGCCAAGACACCCCGGAAAAGGAAGACACGGCACAGUUCAAAUCCUCCAAUGGAAUGUCACGUUGGCUGGGUGAUGGAUUCCCGGGAGCACAGGCCUCGAACUGCAUCCAUCAGUUCCAGCCCCUCGGAAGGCACCCCAGCCAUUGGCAGCUAUGGCUGCACCCCACAGUCGUUGCCCAAGUUCCAGCACCCCUCCCACGAACUCCUCAAGGAGAAUGGCUUCACACAACACGUCUACCACAAAUAUCGCCGACGCUGCCUUAAUGAGCGGAAGCGACUGGGCAUUGGUCAGUCCCAGGAGAUGAAUACGCUCUUCAGAUUCUGGUCAUUUUUCCUUCGUGAUCACUUUAACAAGAAAAUGUAUGAGGAGUUCAAGCAACUGUCCUUGGAAGAUGCAAAAGAAGGGUACAGGUAUGGACUGGAGUGCCUUUUCAGAUACUAUAGCUAUGGACUGGAGAAGAAAUUCCGACCAGACAUAUUUAAAGAUUUCCAAGAGGAAACUAUAAAGGAUUAUGAAGCUGGGCAGCUUUAUGGGCUUGAAAAGUUUUGGGCCUUCUUGAAAUAUUCCAAAGCCAAAAACUUGGACAUUGACUGCAAACUGCAAGAAUACCUCGGCAAAUUCCGACGUCUUGAAGACUUCAGAGUGGAUCCCCCUAUAGGAGAAGAAGGUGGCCACAAGAGAUACCCAGCAGCACUGGGAGUAGAUGGAAGAAAGCGAUACCCAUCUCAGUCUUCCAGCAAACCAAUCAGCCAGACACCAUCCAGCCAAGUCCCCACCUCAUCCAGCCAGCCUGUGCAGGAGGAUGCCAAAAACCUGAGCCAGCCACAUGCAGUUUCCACAGCAACUGUGGAAACUCAAACAAUGGGGAAGUAGACAUGCCAGAACUUCCCAUGGAAAGGGGGCAGGGACACACAAGGGAGAUGGAAUGUGGGUGUCUAAGACCAGGCUGCUUGCGGGAGGUGGGAGACUACAGCGCACACGAUUUCUCUUGUUGGCUGGAAAAACAAGAUGGCGAUCCAAGUUGAAAGCAUCCUUUUCCUCGCUGUGAUUUUAAGUCAUUGAUCGGAGCCAGAUCCUCACAUUUUCACGUCUUAGCGCCUUUCAGGGGUAGGGUUGGGAAGGGAGAGAUUUUUAUAAAUAUAAAUAUAUAUAUAUAUUAUAUUAUAUAUAUAUCAAGUUUUAAAUUAUUGAUAGAAGUUUGUUUGGAUAAACCAAAAUAAUUCUGCAUCAUGCAGCCCAUGCAAUCCAGCUCCUUCUCAUCCCACUGAACUCUGAACAACUAUGCAGCCCACCUGGUAAGCUGGAGGGGUGGGCCGGACAAUAUGGUUCCAUUUGGAAAUGGUCCUUUGGCUUUCCAAGCCCAGCAGGCUCCUCCCAUUCCGGAUACGACAAUGCACAAGGAGUCCCUCUGCCCACCAUCACAAGUGUCACUUCUGUUAUGGCUUCCUCCUACGCUGCUCACCUUUCCAUCAUAGACUGACUACUGGAAGUCAACCAAAGGACCCUGGCCGAAUGCUGGGCCCCACCUUGCAUUGGGCUCGCCCAGUUCCUUUUGCGUGAUGGGUAGAACAUAAACUUGCACAGUGUCUCCCCUCACAUAGGAAUGCUGAGACUUUGCUUAAAACAGCUUUCUCUUACAAAACAAAAAUCACAAAAACCUUGUUUAAAAAAAAAUGUCUUUCUUUGCUUCCUUCCUUGAAAAUAAUAAGUUGCCUUAUUGUGGAGUUGGGAACUUGGAGGCAUCCCUGACUUCUUGAGCAGAUUUGGGAAAUGGCAUCUGCUUGGGACUCGGCCAGGCUGUGAUAAGUCUCUCUUCCCCUAUUCAGUGACUCCUGUCUGCAGUUGCUGGCGAUCUCCGCUUUGACCCAGCUCUGUGAUCGGCAUCGACUGGAACAGUACUAUUGACAUCUAGGUGAAUGUUGGUUCAAACCACGUGGACACUUUUAUCUCUGGAGCAGGGGGUACUGGGGCACUUAAGUCUAAGACUUCUGCUUUUGUGUAGUUGAUGCUGACGUAAAUGUAUCAACUGUUCUAGUGCCCUUCCUGCUACAGCAACUACACACGCUAUUGCCUCACUCAGACCUCCAGGUGCACUGCCAUUUUCUUCCCUCUUCCACCAGGGCAGGCCAGGAACCAGCCUGUUGAGCUCAUGAAUUCUUCCUAUCCCAGGGCAGGCAGGCAGGCUUACCAAGAAAUGGGUAACGCACAGAGAGGAUCCACAGGCGCGUAUCCUUGUUCUUAACAUGUGGUUGAAGAAUGUGUGUACAGAAAAAUCAGCUUUAAAGCAAACAAGAUGGGAUUUUUUGUGUGGUAGUUUCCAAAUCAGAGGCGGCUUGCUAAGUGUUAACUUUCCUAUGCAGGCUUCCCUUUCUGUAGACUCUUUUUAAUUACUGGCAUGCUAACCUGCCUUCCUUCCCUGGGUUAACCAUGUAGCCAAGGAGGGCACAGCUGUUUAGAUUCUUCCCUAGCUACAGACACCUUGACUGUCUUGCAUCACGAAAUCACUUCAUGUCCUCUCAUCCUGUGUCAUAGAACUUUAGACAAAGCACCAUGCUUGACUUGGCUGCUCUUGGGUUAACGGCUGGAACUAAAUCUGAGACUAUUCACAAUGUACGCCUGCAUGGCUCUUAACACUUAAAAGCAUCUGGUACUGGAGCUAUGGGAGUGAACAUCAGAAGAUGGAAGCAUAUGUGUACAGACAACUUGUUUCUGGCAACCUGCUUUGUCGUUUCCUGUAUUUUGUUACCUCCCUAGUGUACUAUCCCUAUUCUGCAAACCAGAGACUUCAGGAGGGGAGGGCAGACCUGAGAUUACUUGGCCAUUGUGCUACCGCAGCUUGUCAUGUGACUCUCAAAAGGGAUGAAUGGUGGCAAAAAGGGUGCAAUACCAUUUAUUUGUUUCUACACACACCAUGGCUAGGCUCCAAAUGAUCCUCUUCUCUCUCUCCCUUCCCCCCCCCUCCACAUAAUGCAUGAGUAGAAGGCAAUUCCAGUAGAAGGCUGAUUCCUCCUCUGCCUACUGCUUCUCAACUCCUAGAAAGACUGCUAUAGAGGAUCCCACAACUUUUGGAGGUGUGGAGGUUGCUGCAGAAGGGUGAACAGGAAUAACCUCAUGCUACUUUGUAUCCAAGGCCAUUUUGGGGGGAGUGGGGGCAAUAUGUCUUCAGUACACGGUGUUUUAGAGUUUGUGUUCCAGGCGUGUUGCUCAGAUCUUUAACAUGCUGCAAGGUGUGGUCUUGAGGCCUGUGUCAGUAAAGGAUACUGUAUGCCCUGCAGUUAGCUAUUUGGAGCAAAUAUUUGUUACUUUAGGGGAUGUGAUGGUAGGGCCAUUGAUUUAUCACUCCUCUUGGUGUGUUUUUGGUACUACAGAUGUAGAUAAUUAAGGAGGUGGGAGCUUACUGCUUACAGCCUGUUCUGUCUAGCUAACGUUAUUGCCUUUUAGCUGUGUCAAGCAUGCUGUUAAUGGGAGUUUGUUAUGGAGCCGUCUGGAGUGACCAUGCAGUUAAAGCACGCCCUGUAGUUCUAGUGUGGCUGAAUAGCGGCAAGCUGCUCUCUUUUCUUUUGCUGCAUCAGUUGUGACCCUGCGUUAUAUCAGACCCUUGGCGUGUUGUGUGUACCAUUAAAAGGCAUGAGUAAAAAAAAAAAAAAUACACCAAGCAUUCCACUGUUCCACGAGAUGUGGCAAAGUACUCACUGUGAGCUCGCUGUUGCAAGAGCAGAGCCAUGCUAACAUGGAAUUAAUUGUCCGGACUUCUGCUGCUGGCUUUUGAUUUUCUCUAGUUCUACAUGCUGAAAUUUUUAUACAUGGCAGGAUUUCUGUUUGUAGGGACAGUCAAAUGGACUGGGAUGCUAGUCUUGUACCUUCACAACUCAGAUAUGAAAUGAGGCAAAGCAUGUAUGGAGGAACUGUUGCUUGUGAAAUAGGAGCAAGUGUUCAGGCUUUUUAACAAGAUUAACCAGGGGAGUUUACAGCUUUCCUCUUAGAACUUCCAGAACCAUUUCUUUUCUGAGUACAUGCUGCUUGAGAGCAAAGGAAAGAGCUAUUACUGGUGGUGCAAAGGAGCAUUCUCGCAAAGUUUAGGAGACCACUUAAAGGAGGGACAUAGAUUAUAGGAAGAGACAGUGACUGACACAGAACCAUAAUCCCUGUAACAAUGGCACAUUAAUUCUUCAGUGGCUGUCCCCAAAGUUGGAUCACAAGACCUGUUUCUGCUGUUCUUGACAAGCUGAAGAUACUUGCUACUUGAGGAAGUCUAGCCUUUUGGAGACUUUAGGCCACAGAAUCUCCUGCACCAUCUUGAGAUGGUGGUAGCAACAUGUGCUUGUGGUCGUGUAGCCAUUAGCGUGCUUAUCCAGUGCCUUGACUGCCCAGUGCCAGAAGAGUACAGCAUAGAUCCUGUAAAGAUGGUAUUCGUUACCUUGCAUUCUGUUAAGGGAGUACUGUGUAGCUCUGCAUGGCUAUUGGUAGUCUUUUCUCCCUUCCCCCCAUUUUUUAUGUAUAUGUAUAUAAAAAUAUGGGGAAGAGAUGGUUUCUGGCUCAAGUUUCUCCCGGAGAGAAGACAGAUCUUGCCAUUAUAUCUCUUUGAGAAGAAACAAAUGUUGAAGAAAUUCCCUGCAUUGUAACAAUUCUGUUUCAGUUUGUUUUCAAACUUAACUAAAUUCAACAGACGUAGGUGUCCUGUGCUCUCAUAGCAUGCAGUGGUAAAUACCCCCUGGGAAGAGCGUUUCUCAGUUGUGUUGCGCUUUGGAAGCCACCUGCUGUUGCCUAAUGCCUGAGGCUACUGUUAAAAACAGAAAGCUUGUGUUUCCCAUUGGGAAAGCAAAUCGCUUUCUAUCAUAGGCAAAAUCUUGUCAUUUUGGAUAGCUGGUGCCCUUACAUCCUUACGUCCAGGUCUUAAGGAGGGGUGUGAAAUCUGGUUUAGGAUUGUCAUUGAAAGUGACCUUUUUUAUUACUAUGUGUUGGUGCUCUGUUUUUGUCCUAUCCCUUUUUACCCCUUUCCUGCUCCUCCUCCCAUCUUUGCAGUUGUGUUUCUUCAAAGUUAUGUACUUGCCCAUUUUGCUUCUGGUUGGUUAACACAUGACACAGCAACCUCAGUACUCUGCCAUGCAGUUUUUUUAAAAAAUAUAUAUGUAGAGGGAUGGGAUGGGAGGCAUCAUUUAUGCCUUGCUUAUUUUUCUUUUGGUUAAGCAUAAACAAUCAAAUCUGUUAAUGCAGCAGACUCUGCCGAUAAUAAUCUCUCCAUAUGGAUCCUCUUCUAAAACUUGGAUUUGUCAAUAACUUUUUAAAAAUCAGCUAGGUUUUUAGAAGGGAUGGGUAGUAACAUUGUUAAAUGCCUCAGUUAUUUUUUUAAAUCAAUUUCAUAUAUGAGUGGUUUUAUGGGUGGGUGGGUGGCGGGCAAUUUCAUCUCAGUAACAUGGGUUUGGACAAAGUUUUUUUUUUUUUAAAAAAAAAAGAAAUUCUAAGGAUAACAUUUCUCUUAGUUUACAUUUUCACUUUCUGAAGACACUUGAACAUAGGACCGAUGUAUCUGUGAUGAGGACACCCUAUGAUUGGAAGCAUGAAAAGGGGAUGGGCUUAACCAUUCCUAUAUGGUUUUAGACUUGUUCUUCCAAGUCUGGCCUUCUGUUGCCCUCCUUUUAUUUAUUUCCUUGAUGAUAUUGGUUCUUGCAUUUAUUCAUCCUCCCUCCCAGAAUUGAUUCCUGCAUUUUUUUGUUCUCCCUCCCAGAAUAUAUACCUUGGUUCAAACAGGGUGGCCUGCGCCACUGACAUUCCUUGGCUAAGGGAUAUCAAUGGCCUCGGCAGAAACUUUUGCCCACCAAAGCCUUCCUGUUGCAGGAGCUUUUUGCAGCUGCGGAACAGGAAUGGCUGUAUCCUCCUCAACCUCUCUCAUUGUUGGCUUUGUCCCUGUAGUAGUGGACUACCAUGAGGGCUGGGAUUUUCAGCCUGUGAAACUGUGACUCAGAAGUCAACACUGAGCUUUAAAUGGUGAGGAUUGGAGUUUCAUUAGUGUGGAGUCUGUAUUAAGCUGCUAAAAAUGUUGGAUGAGCAACCUGCAAAAGAUGCAAUGAUUGUUUUGUAUAGAUGUCUGAUAACUCAGUCACAGUAGAAAAGAACAUCUGUUUGUUUGGUAUUCUUGCUCUCCCUGAGCAAGUUUGUGUGUGUGCGUGUAUAUGUCCAUUUGCGUGUGCUCCGACCUUUGCCAUUUUUACUAAAAAAACCAAACAAACACCCAGAAGUGUUUGUAAUCACUUUCAGCUGUAUUUAUUCUUGGGAAAAAUUUAAACCAACUGUUACCAUAUAUCACCUGGGAGGGAAAGAUCUUGUUAAUAUGGCCCACCGUACACAAUCCCAUCUCCUGUUAAUGGUAUGUAAUUCUUAACCCAUGUGCUAGGAUCAUCAUCACAUUGGGGGAGGGGGGAGGGGAAGGAAGAGGAAAAAAUUUGUAAAAUACUUGAAUGAGAGCCUGUAUUAUAAACAGUAAUAUUAUUCAGAGUAUCUGCUUUCCAGGCUGAUGUGACUCAUUAUUCUAGUAGUGCUUUAGUCCUUUGUAAUUUGUGGUAAUUAUGCUUUUUCCUUUUUAAUACAAAAAAUGUAUAAAAAUAAAAACCUCAAAAGAC